ACACAUACCUUAAUAUGGGAAGGCGUUGAAGUAAACUGUUGGCAAUCGUUUUAUCGCGUAAAUGUGGCAUUGGGAAAUUAGGCAUUCGACAAAAAGGAUGYGUUUCUGUCGGGUGCUGCGCUGUCAAUCCAUCCCUCCCCCUGCACGUAGGCUGGGUUUAUUUCAGUUUAUUCAUUUCACGCUUUCCCCCUCUUAUCUGAUCCACAUUCUCUGCACCCUCCCCACCCCCGAAGCGCAGCAUUUCGAAAGGGCUCUACAUCACGUAAUUCAGUACUGUACACGUCUUCCAGAAUAUUGCAAAAGAGAUGCGCGUAUUUGGGGAACAUACUUUAGAGUUGCGCAUGCAAACAUACUGAAGGCUGUAACGAAUAAUAAAUCGCUGAAUGCAAUUGGGUUCGCUUAUGAAAAUACUAUCAUGCAAAAUCACGGGUCAUUUCGGGUAUUUUGAAGAAUCCGUUGGAUAAAAGGUGUAUAGAAGGUAAGCAGAAGCCCACAAACACACUCUUUUGUUAUCAACAUGGCUCUGAACACAAACACGAACCCAGCCCCCGCCAUUUGGCCAGGCGAGGAACAGCCGUCCCUAUUGGACCAAGAUGCAUCAUUGUUAAGCCCAGCUCCCAUCAUCGCUGUGACUGUCACGUCCCCACCAGAGAUGGAGGAACAAGAGAUCCACAGCACCACCACCAGCUUUGGGCCCUGCCUGAGCCAAGCCACGGCUGGGGAACUGGUCAUUGUGAUCAAUGAGAAAAUGGAGAACAGUAAUGGUAUACACCCAGCCCCUGCUGACACCACCUCCUCAGUCAUCUCCUCACCUCCCAGAAGGCAGCAGUCCAUUUCUUACUCCCACCACCCCCACAACAGCAAGACCCGGAAGGGGAGUCGUGCCGGUUCCAUCGGCUACACCGCCUUCUCCCCACGGCCCUCCAUCUCACGCCACUCCAGCAUCGCCACCAACCCACCCAUUGACAGAGCCAAGCCUAAAGACUACCUAAUACUGGCUGUGCUGGCUUGCUUCUGCCCUGUCUGGCCAAUCAACAUUGUGGGGUUUGUCUACUCUGUUAUGUCCAAGAACAGUCUGGAGCAGGGCAACCUGGAUGGAGCUCGACGAUUGGGUCGUCUCGCCAGGAUGCUCUCUACAGUGUCACUGAUAGGAGGGACAGUCAUCAUCAUUGCCUGCAUUGUAAACCUGGCGAUAAAUGUGAAAUCCUGAGUAUCGUCUUGCCGUGAAACAGGAUCUAACAGUUGGAUAUCCGGGAAACGGGAUCUAUCUAGCUGACUGUUCCUUUUUUACCGUCUCUUACAGUGUAGUCAUUAACUGGACAUGCUAUGAAUAUUAUACACCUGAUAUUACAUACCUUUCUAUAAUUGAUAUUACGUAAAUCCUUUGUUAAUGAAAAAACGAUAUGCAAAGAUGCUUCCCCUCCGAACUGGUCUGGGCUUCUCCAAUGAUGGAUCUUGCAGUGGAGAAACAGACGAUCGGAAUAAUCCCUUACUUUGUAUUCUGCCCAACACUGAACACUGUCCUUGACAAGGCUCCAUUACCUCAACCACUGGCCAUGAUCAGAGAGACAGACCGAAAACGAGAUGUAGUGAGAGAGGAUGACAACAACAACAGAAGAGAUUGUUCAAAGGAGGUGUGAUCGAUGUAUGAGAAACUGGGAGGAUUGUUUCAGAGCUUGAUUACCUACAAUCAUUGGAGGACAACAAAAUGUCUGCUUAGUCCAUCCUUCAUUGCCCUGACGAAAGGACACAUCAGAAAUUCAGCUUGGCAUUAAACUCCCAUCGGUACAUGAAGGUGCUUGAGGGAUUUGCCGUGCAAUAGAAACUCAGAAGAAAUUAAUUUCAGAGGAAGAAUUCCCCUUUCAUUUCUCAAUAGGCUUAGAUUCUAGUUUCAGUCAGUGCAUAUCCUUCCUGUCUUUCAGGCUACUGUUAGCCAUUUUGUAAUUUAAGAGCGAGGGCAGGCGUGAACGACGCUCACCAACACACAACUGCUGAGAAGAUGGAAGGGAUAAACAUUUCUUGGGCACGAAGCAAAGUCAAAGUAAAGGACACAAUUGUGCCAAAAAAA